GAAGUCUUAGGUCAGAUGCACGCCUUUAAUUAUACAAGACGCCAAACUGGGACAUCAAAGAGUGGACAUCGUAUCACAGUCAAGCAAGAGCCAGGGAAGUUUGUUCUGCAAAUUAGUCAGGUGCAAAAAAUCGACACGGCGCUCUACUACUGUUUCAAAUUGCCAUCACGGUUUCAAAAUAUGACAAUUUUGAAUGGAAUAUUUCUACUGGUCAAAGACGACCCAGAAGCAGAGACAGCCGUCACUGCUGUCACUCAUGACUUGCAGUUCAACGAGAGCCGAUCGCGGUGCUCGGUUCUCUCUCGCUCUGGUAAUAAAACGUGUGAGGAUGGACACAACUUUUAUUGGCUCAGAGCUGGACCAGAGGAUUCAAAUCCCCACUUCAUUUACACUCAUGACGAAUGUGAGAAAGUUGCAAAGGGCUCCAUGCAGGAAUGCGUUCACGCUUUCCAUAACAACGUCGACGCCGGAACGUACUCUUGUGCUGUGGCCACAUGUGGGCACAUUUUUAUGGCAAAGGCAACAAAGGUCAACACGCAAGACCCCAGCAAGUCUGAUUUCCUAAAGACUGUUAUCUUCGUCAUGGCUGCUGCUUUGACCUUAAUCUCCAUCCUGUCAGCUUUUCUCAUAUACAAGGUCAAGACAAAAACGUUUUGUUGCUGCAUAGCUUGUCUGCAAACUCGUGAAGAAACGUGCAGUGGUGUGCAGCAGAGAACCGAGGACACUUUGGUUUAUUCCGCGCCGACCGUUGUCCCCAGGAAAAGUGGCAAAGCCAGCCAAACGAGAGCGAGAAAAAAUGAGGAUUUUAGCACGUAUACGGACGUCUGCCUCCGCGAAACCUAACGAGAUCAAAUUUAUUUAAAGUUUGUAUUGAGAAUUUUUACAUUUCAAAAGUACUGCAGAAACGUACAGCGCAAGGCAUAAUGGGACUAAAAUAUCACUGUACAACCUCUGUCAAUCAAAAUAGAAUGAUUGCAGUGAUUUUUAAAAAAACAAAUUGCUUCAUCAAAGACAAGGAAACUGUAUUACAAUGGUAGUGAGAUUGCAAAUGUGAUAAGGGUUGAAGAUGUAAAAAAAAAAAAUAAAAAAAUGGACUCAAGCUAUUUUUCUGAAGUACCACAUACAGUUUAAAGAUUCCAGUGAUUCAUGACAAGUGAUUUUCAUCAUUUAAAAAAAAAAAAAAAGAAUGUGAAUAUGGUAAGUCACUCAUGACUUGCACCGGUGUGCUAAAAGCUAGCUCACUAGCUAAAUGUGAAUU